AGGCUAUGUUUCUGCCAUUUUGUUUGCCUUGCUUUGUCCACUGAAUAUGUGUGUAUUUUUAUUGGUUUUUUUUGGUUUUUUUUGUAAAAUAAAAAGCCUGUUCUUUUGGCACCUGAUGCUUUACUGGUGCACCUGAGUCUGGCUUGCCCUGAUCCCCUUUAUGUUGGGAGGCCGCUUCUGUCCCUCACACACCUUUAUAGUUCCUCCAUUGCUGAAGUUGGGUGGUCUGCCAGCAGAAGUGUGGAGAACCCUCUCAUACAUCAGGCUUCGGUUCCAAAUCUCAGGAAACAUUCUCAGCCUCGAGGAAUGAUUCAGCAAUGGCACAGUCAGAGGACAACAUGGAGGAAACGGCAGCAGCUUCUGAGAAAGCUGUCCAUUGGUCCCAGUCUCUGUGUGCUGGUGAACAACAAUAUGUCCAUCAGAGGAAACAAGUGGUGCUGAAGACACUCAGCAGCCUGGGAAUCAACUGUACUGCAGAUUUGGCUCCCCACAUUGCUCUGUUGGGAUCAGGUGGAGGUCAGAGGGCAGCCGUGGGUCUGGUGGGUUCCCUCUAUCAGAUGGAAAAAGAAGGUCUGUUGGGCACCCUGCUCUACCUGGGAGGAGUUUCCGGCUCAACAUGGUCCAUGACCUCCCUGUACAGUGACCCGGAGUGGAGCACCAACCUGGACAGAGCAGUGUCCAGGCUGUCAGGUCCUGGGGUGGAGAUGGAGCAGGCUCUGGCCUGGUUGAAUGAGAGGUCGAAGGAGGAGCACUUCUCUCUCACUGAUGUUUGGGGGGUUUUGACCUCUGCUGGGAUCAUGAAACAGAUGGACCUACGAUGUUUCUCUGAUGAGGCCAACAGAAAUGCCUCCAACCCUUACCCCAUCUACUGCGCCAUAGAGAAGCAUUGCUUUUCUAAUGGGCCAAUAGAAGGAAAAUGGUUUGAGGUGAGCCCUCAUGAAGCCGGCUUCCCUGAGUUGGGUGUCUUUGUUGAGACUUCUCUGCUGGGCAGCAGAUUCCAGGGUGGAGUGCUGCUGGAACAGAAGCCAGAGAUGGACAUGGUCCAACUACAAGGUGUUUUUGGCUGUGCGUUGGCUCAUGAAGAGACUAUCAGAGAGUUCAUCCCUCCUUGGCUGGAUGUGUUUGGACAAAUAGACAGUGCAGCAGAAGAGUACCUACGUGUGUACAAUGCCCUUCAGAAACUAGUUGCCCUGACCAGAAGCACCAGUAAGGACCCUGCUUCCUUGUCUGACCUGGACAAGCUGCAGAAAAUACUAGAAGACAAGGUAAAUCAUAAUGAGUCUGCAUGGCGGCAGUCAAAGAGUAUGGAGGAAAGAAAAGCUCUUUCUAAGCACUGGAGUCAGGAGCUGCUGGCAGCAGUGGAGACCUGGAGCCAGAAUCUGGAGGAGGGAGCUUUUAAAACACAUGUCUCUCUGCUUAUUCAGAAAGUCCUUCCUCUGAUUCUGAAGUGGGAGUGGGGAACUACUGCAAACUUCCUCUACCAAUACCAAGAGCACAGCGUUCCACCUUGCCUCCAACUGAAGGAGACAUUCCACCUGUUAGACGCCGGGCUGCUGAUUAAUGUAGCCUACCCUUCAUUUCUGGGAGAUAAGAGGGACAUCGACCUCCUCAUCGCACCAGAGUACAGUGCUGGAAACAUGUUUGAGACUCUGACUCUUGCCAGAGACUAUGCAGCUGCAGUGAACAAGUCCUUCCCAGAGAUAGACGAGAAAAUCCUGGAGGAGAAAGACUGGCCGAGGGACUGCUACGUGUUUGAGGGAAAAGAGAAGGAGCCCACCAUCGUCUACAUGCCGCUCUUCAACAGAAACAACUGUAAAGAUGCAGAGGAGUUCAAGGCAAAGAUGGAGGAGUACUCCACCUUCCAGCGUGCUUUCACCCAGGACAAGAUUGAGUUUGUGUUGGAAACUGCAAAAGCCAAUGUGAAGAACAACAAGGAAAUUCUGCUGAGGGAGAUAAACAAGGCCAUUCUCCGUCGACACAAGAAGAGGUUGUCCCUGAGCCAUGACUCUUGUCUUUUUUUGUGAACUAAAUCAUUAUCAUGAACAUAUGACAUACACUUCACUUUACAUGUGUGUCACAUGUGACACAGUCGCAGCGUAACACAACCAUGUCAUGUAACCGAAUAUAGUCAUUUCUUAUUCAGUAACAGUGUUGUGCCUAUGGACUGACACUAUAAAGAACUAUCAAUUACAUGUGUGGCAGAAUGUGUCUUUGACUUUAUUGAUCUCUAUGUAGGCUGAUACAGUGUCACUGUUAACAGAGAAUCAUGCUGGAUGUGACUGAAAUACCUGUGAGGUGCUCAUGAAGGGCAUUAUUUUUUCAGUUGGUGAAACCUUUUUUAGGGACUGGGCAGUGCUGUAAAAAGCACCCAGAAGUCAUUAGUUUGUAAAGACAUCCUGCAGUUAAAAGUGAAAGUCACCCAUACAAAAAGUCCUACUUGAGUAAAAGUCUUAAAGUAUCUGAUAUUAAAUGUUCUUAACUACAACUUAAAGUACAAGUAAAAGUAAAGUAUACAUGUACAUACUUGUGUACUGUGAGUCAACUGAUCAAAUCUAAUACUCUCCAUUACGCCUGUAAUGCAACUUAGCCACUCAGUGACAUCAGGGGAUGCACCUUUUCAGAUGACACUAAUGGCUUUAUAGUUGUUGUUGUUGUUGUUGUUGUUUUUACAUAUGCAGUAAACUCCCCAACACCUGUAAACACAUUGUGAAGUGUAAAAUUGGUGGAGUUAUCCUUUAACUUAAUACUGCUUAUGGAUGAAGUAAUUCAACAUUACCGCUAGAGGUCGCACCGCAUCUACAGGAGGGCGUUUGUACUGUCUGUAUGUAGGUCAAUGCAAUUGAGCAUUCAUCAAGGCCGCCUGCAUACAACAGCGCGUCUCCAGCUGCCUGUGACCGUGUUACCGUCACUCUGAAAAAUAAAGUACUGUGUGACGUCUGUAUCAGUGUAGGAAUAAGAGUAUCACUCGUGAUCCUCUUAUUUGUUUGUUUGAAAUGAAUGAUGGAAUAUCACAGUGUUUGCUCAAGUCACUUUGUAAACUCCCACGUUCACAGUUUGUGUGGAACAAAAGUAUAAAUGUGACAUUUGAAUCACUUUGUGUGGUUUUCCAACAUUUUAUAAACUUGAAGGGCUAUCAUUUGUGUCUCAUUCGAUUAAACACACGACCAAGUUGG